GGGGAGCAGAGUGGAGGAAAACUUCUCAAGAGAGAGAGAAAGUUGGAGUGAAGUUUGGACUUGAGAGAGAGAGCCCGGAGCCAGGCUGUGUAGCAGCACUCGCCUCUCGGUGCCUGUGGGUGGGGGAGUGUCUGUCUCUGUGUGUGGGGGUGAGGUGUAUGCUCUGACAUAUGGCGAGCUCCAGGCGCAGGGAAGAAUCUGAAAACGGAGCCGCUGCUUCUGAUUCAGUGAACAGGAGCCUGGACAGGCAAUCUGGAGCUCUCGUGCGGAGGUUUGUCCUGGAGACGAUCCUCGAAGAAGAUCCGCAAUGCCAACUCAGUCCUGAGGAUCUUGGUGGCACUAAAAGUGAGAUUGAUGACCCUAACGUCAAGGAGAUAUGCAAGAGUUUGAAGAAAAUUGGAGAUGAGCUGAACAGAAAUAUGGAAUUACAACAUCUGAUUGAAACGGUACCUCUCGACAAUAUCCGCGAAGUUCUGUGCAAAGUGGCUGAAGGGAUUUUAGUUUCUGAUGGUUUGAACUGGGGGCGAAUUGUAACUUUCCUGUAUUUUGCUGGCAGACUUGUAUCUAAGGCAUUGAAAAAUUUGAGGGCAAUGAUUCAACCAAUCAUUAAUUGGUCUUUGGAUUUGAUUCGAACCCGUGUAAUUCCAUGGAUUGAACAACAAGGUGGAUGGGAGACUAUCUAUUCUUACAUUGGAACAUCGACCUAUCAGACGUUGGCAGUCUUUUCGGCUGGUCUUAUUACUGGCAUUUUAGCAAUAAUGAAAUUGACCUAACAACAUUGCUCCCUGAGCUCUUGGUGCUUCAGUUUCCUGUCCACCGAUUGAAUCUAGUGGUUUAUUCUUGCAACGUUUUUGCACCCGAACCUACCUGAAUCUUCUGUACAGAUCUGUAAUACUUGAAAAAGUGGGAUUUCUAAUCAUGAACUUGUGAAUAUUGUUGGACAGUUUUGUAUUUAUCCUCAUUACUUGAUUUUAAUUUUUACAUACUUUUUAAAGAGUUAGUUUCUUAUGUUGACAUGUAUUAUUUUUCCAACUGAAACAUGCAUCAGCUAUGCCUGCUAAAACACUUGCAAAUGAUACAGCAAGUGUUAAAGGUGUAGAAUGAACUUUUUAGUAAUGGUGCCAAAGAGUGUAGCUUCUUCAGUGUCAAAACAACAAUUUUAAACCAACUUGUCUUAAAAAUCAGUUAAGUUUGCUCUAUCUCUUGAUUUAUUGCUGUCACAAGUACCUAGGUACAGCCAAACAUUUUGUUUUGUGUGCAGUACAGGCGCAGUCUACCAGUACAGCUGGAAAGUCAUUUUUAAGUGACUGUGGCUCUACCUGUUCUUGAACACCCAACCAGAAUUAGCACUGUCAUGUUCACAGGAACAGGAAGCAGCUACUCAGCACUGCUGCUGGUUCUCCCGUUACACUGGAUCAAGGUUCACUCAAACUAUCCAUCUUUGGACACAGUGCUGAAUGGCAAUGUUUAACCAAAUCAAUAUAGAACCUGUGAGGGAUAAUCAGCAGUCUAGUUCAUGUUCCUGAUGAAUGGGCAGUCCAGGAACAGCAAUCACAGUCUAAAGAUACAUGAUAAACCAAUUAGGAUUGAGAUGAGGAGAUAUAUCACUGUCCAGCGAGUGAUGAGCCUGUGCCUGAAUUCACUCUGAAAGAAAGCAGUCAAGGCCAAAGCACUGUAUGAUUUCAAGGGGAGUUGGAUGUAACAGUUGGGGUCCCUGGAUCAAAGAAUAUUGGAGAGAAGUGGGAGCAGGUUAUUAAUCUGGAUGAUGAGCUGUGCUCAUAUUGAAUGGUGUGGGGCAGGCUUGAAGGGUUAAAUGGCCUACUCCUGCUCCUAUUUUCUAUGAAAAUUUUUUUGAUCCCAGGAUCAACACCAUGAUAUAGCAGACAGAUUCACUGUCUGUGUUGGGGGAAAAAAAAUGCUUGAUAGUAUCACUCUGGAAUGGCUGAGAUCUCAUGUUAAGUUGCACUACUUCAAUUUGUCAGCCCCCUCCCCCACCCCCAAAAACCCCCAUGGACAAUGUUCCAUUCCACCUACCCUUCCAAAUCCUUUAGUCAUUUUAAGCAUCUCAAUUGGAUCACCCUUUGACUUUCUGUCCUCAAAGGAAUGCUAGCUAAUUCUAUGCAUAGAACAUAACAGGACAGUACAAGCCCUUUGGCCCUUGAUGUUGUGCUGACCCUGGGGAAUCAAUCUGAAGCCCAUCAUCUAUCCUGUACUAAUCCAUUUUUAUCCAUAUGUUUGUCCAAUGACUAUUUAAAUGCCCUUAAUGUUGGUGAGUCUACUACUAUUGGAGACAGGGUGGUCCACACCCUUACUACUCUCUCUGAGCAAAGAAACUACUUCUGACAUCUGUCCUAUGUCUAUCACCCCUCAAUAUAAAGCUGUGUCUCCUCGCGUAGCCAUCACCAUCUGAGGCUCUUGCUGUCCACAGUAUCUAAUCCUCUGAUCAUCUUGCAAUCAAGCUCCAGAAUUUCAUUCUUUUAGUUCUGUGUAAUUCUGCUCAAUUUGUGCAGCCUGUUCUAAAUGGAAUACAGUCCUGUUCUGUAAUCACUUCAAAUAACAAAAACCUGACUUGCUCUUCCCUUCUGUAUUUCAACCCUUGGGUAAUGUUGGUCAGACAUGCGCUGAAGCUCUGGUAGAGCUCUCACCCCAUAGUGUUGCAAAUAAGUGGUGUAACAUGAUACCCCUUUGCGUCCCCAUUGAAUGGAUUGCUUAGCAAGAUCUAAUGUGGGAAAUUUGUGUCAUUCAUGAUAUCUUAGCAAUGCAUAUACUCAAAGUGAGAAGGUUGUGGAUUCACUGCAUGUUUACAAUUUUGAAUUUUAAUUUAUAUUGUGGAAGAGCUCCAAUUUGACUUGGUAAUGCAUUGUUUUUUUUAAAUAUAGUGAUUUAAAGAGAAUUCCUUUUCUGUAUUUGAAUUCUAUGUAGAAUGCAGUAUUGUAAUGGGAAUAGGUAUUAUGGGGAGGUGGCAUAGUGGUAAUGUCACCAGGUUAUUAAUCUGGAACCCCAGACAAAUGUCUUGGGGCCAUUGAUUUGAAUCCCACCACACUACAUGGUGAAAUUUAAAUUCAAUAAAAGUCUGGAAUUAAAUGCUG